AUGGCCGAGCAGGAAAUCCAGAAGGGCGACGAAGUGUCGUGGAAGUGGGGCGGUGGUGCGCCCGGCGGUACCGUCGCCGAGGUCGCCAAGGAAGGCGAGAUCGCCAUCGAGUCCAACAAGGGCAACACCAUCAAGAAGAACGCCGACCCCGAAAACCCCGCCGUGCACAUCGAGCGCCCCGGCAACGAUGUCGUGAAGAGAGCCUCCGAGCUCGACGUCGAGUCCAAGGCUAAUGGCUCCGAGGACAAGAAGGAGGAGGAGAAGGAGGAGGCGGGAAAGAAGGACGACGACAAGGAGAACGAGGAGAAAGAUGACAAGAACGAGACGGGCAAGAAGGACGAGGACAAGGACAGCAAGGAGGAAGCCACCAAUGGUGAGAAGAAGGCCGACGAGGAAACGAAGGAAGAGGAAAAGAAGGAAGCUGCCGAGAAGGCCGACGACAAGGAAGAAGAGAAGACUUCAGAGAAGAAGGAGAGCGACGAGGCGCAGACGGGCGACAAGCGGAAGGCCAGGCAGACCAACGGUGAGGGAAAGAAGAAGAGCGAGAAGAAGUCUGAGGAGAAGGCCGAGGACAAGCAGGACGGCGAGCCGGCCGCCAAGCAGCAGAAGACGGAUGCUGAGGCCAACGGUAAGAAGGGUCGCGGCAGACCCAAGAAGGCGGAGAACGGCGAGAAGAAGUCGGCAGCGAAGGCCAAGCCCAAGAAGGAGCCCAAGAAGGCUGCCACGGAGACGGGCGAGCCCCGGCGCAGCGGCAGGAACAAGUCGUCGUAG